GUCCAUCCAGAGGCACCUGGCCGACCUGGAGAAGCUGGCCUUUGCGGCCGAGGAGGACGUGGGCGCGGGCGGAUCCUUGAGCUCCGAUCACGAUGCAGGAAACAAACAGGCUUGCCCCUUGUGUCCCAAGGAAAAAUUCCGAGCCUGUAAUAGCCACAAACUCCGCCGCCACCUGCAGAAUCUGCACUGGAAGGUCUCCGUGGAAUUUGAAGGGCACAGAAUGUGCAUCUGUCACUUGCCCUGCCGGCCCGUGAAGCCCAACACCGUCGGCGGCGAGCAGGUGUCCGGUCAGAUGGGCGCCCACUACCAUUGUGUCAUCUGCGCCGCGACGAUCACCAGACGGACCGACAUGCUGGGCCACGUCAGGCGCCACAGGAACAAGGGCGAGACCAAGUCCAGUUACAGUGCUGCUUCUGCUGCUAAACCAACUAAUGAAAUUUUGAAAGAGGCAGACACCGAUGUCCAAGUCUGUCCUAACUAUUCCAUACCUCAAAAGACAGAUUCCUAUUUUAAUCCCAAAAUGAAGCUAAAUAGGCAGCUGAUCUUCUGCACUCUGGCGGCCCUGACGGAGGAGCGGGCGCCCGUGGAGUGUCUCGACGCCUUCGGAGCCACCGGGAUAAUGGGAUUACAGUGGGCAAAACAUCUCGGGAGUGCAGUCAAGGUUACAAUUAAUGACUUGAAUGAAAACUCUGUGACAUUGAUUCAGGAAAACUGCCACUUGAACAAACUGACAGUGGUGCUAGACACCGAGGGCAAGGAUGAGAGCGCAGAAGAGAGCCCGGGGAAGGUCACGGUCACCAGGAUGGACGCCAACGUGCUGAUGCACUUGCGGGCGUUUGACUUCAUACACCUUGACCCGUUCGGAACCUCGGUGAACUAUCUGGACUCCGCGUUCCGCAAUGUCCGAAACCUUGGCAUCGUGUCAGUGACGUCCACGGACCUCAGCUCUCUGUAUGCCAAGGCCCAGCACGUGGCCCGGCGCCACUAUGGCUGCAACAUUGUCCGCACCGAGUAUUACAAGGAGCUGGCGGCCAGGAUUGUCGUCGCCGCGGUGGCGAGGGCGGCCGCCCGCUGCAACAAAGGCAUCGAGGUGCUGUUCGCGGUGGCGCUGGAGCACUUCGUGCUGGUGGUGGUCAGAGUGCUGCGGGGCCCCACGUCCGCCGACGAGACGGCCAAGAAGAUUCAGUACCUGAUCCACUGCCAGUGGUGCGAGGAGAGAAUCUUCCAGAAGGACGGGAACAUGGUGGAAGACCCCUACAGACAGCUGCCGUGUCAGUGCCAUGGAAGCGUGCCCGGGAAGACGGCCAUCGAGCUCGGACCCCUGUGGUCAAGUUCCCUUUUCAAUACCGGCUUCCUCAAGAGGAUGAUGUUCGAGUCCCUCCACCACGUCCUAGAGGACAUCCAGCCCCUCAUCAAGACUCUGAUCUUCGAGUCCGAGUGCACUCCGCAGAGUCGCUCCUCAGGUGUCCCCUCCGCCAACCUCAGCAAGCAAGAAGAAUACGGUGUAUUUAUUAAAACUACAGACGAUGCCGCAGCGGAUAAUUACGUUGCUCAAGGAAAGAGAAGAAGCAGUGAGCCCAUCACUAACGCGGCCAAGAGGCAGAAGAGCGACGGGAGUGCCGAGCACCCGCCCUUCUACUACAACAUCCACAGACACAGCAUCAAAGGCAUGAACAUGCCCAAGCUGAAGAAGUUCCUGUGCUACCUUGCCGAGGCUGGCUUCCGCGUGAGCCGGACACACUUCGACCCAAUGGGCGUCCGUACCGACGCACCCCUGAUGCAGUUCAAGUCCAUCCUCCUCAAGCACAGCACCCCUACCUAUACCGGGGGGCAGGUGGAGGGACCCAUCCGGUCAGCAGCCGAAGACACAGCCGCUGACAGGGCCGAAACGUCCUGAGGGACAAGGCGGCCUUCAGUGGCGGGAAAAUAUUCGGGGCUGGUCUGCAGAAAGGAAUCGUUUCGAAUACAGCCG